AUGACAGGCUCAUUGACGCCGUCUCGUAGGCCAACCUCUGGGCUGUAAAUGAUGUUAUAACUACGCAUAUAUCAUCAGGUUUGUGCCUGACACACCGCCCUCACACAGUGUCAGGGAUUCGUUUAUCUGCACUUUGAUGAUCGUUCGUUGUGAUGCGAAAUGUAUGUAUUUUCAUUCUGUUGUAGACACCGUGGACAACUGGGAUGAGAAGAAGCUGGAGGAAGUUGAGAAGAAGAAGGAACAUGGAGAGAGAGAGAAGAAGAAGGAACAUGGAGAGGGAGAGAAGAAGAAGAACCAUGGAGAGGGAGAGAAGAAGAAGGAACAUGGAGAGGGAGAGAAGAAGGAACAUGGAGAGGGAGAGAAGAAGAAGAACCAUGGAGAGGGAGAGAAGAAGAAGGAACAUGGAGAGGCAGAGAAGAAGAAGGAACAUGGAGAGGGAGAGAAGAAGAAGGAACAUGGAGAGGGAGAGAAGAAGAAGGAACAUGGAGAGGCAGAGAAGAAGAAGAACCAUGGAGAGGGAGAGAAGAAGAAGCCAAAACUCAACAAACUCAGAUUGUACCUAUCAACAAACAAAUUACCGGUAGGCUAAAUAUUGUAACAAUGUUUGUUACAUGUUUGUUACAUGUUUGUUACAUGCUUGUUACAUGCUUGUUACAUGCUUGUUACAUGCUUGUUACAUGUUUGUUACAUGUUUGUUACAUGCUUGUUACAUGUUUGUUACAUGCUUGUUACGUGUUUGUUACAUGCUUGUUACAUGCUUGUUACAUGUUUGUUACAUGUUUGUUACAUGCUUGUUACAUGCUUGUUACAUGCUUGUUACAUGUUUGUUACAUGCUUGUUACACGUUUGUUACAUGCUUGUUACAUGUUUGUUACAUGUUUGUUACAUGCUUGUUACAUGCUUGUUACAUGUUUGUUACAUGUUUGUUACAUGUUUGUUACAUGCUUGUUACAUGCUUGUUACAUGCAUGUUACAUGUUUGUUACAUGCUUGUUACAUGCUUGUUAUAUGUUUGUUACAUGCUUGUUACAUGCUUGUUACAUGUUUGUUACAUGCUUGUUACAUGCUUGUUAUAUGUUUGUUACAUGCUUGUUACAUGCUUGUUACAUGCUUGUUAUAUGUUUGUUACAUGUUUGUUACAUGCUUGUUACAUGCUUGUUAUAUGUUUGUUACAUGUUUGUUACAUGCUUGUUACAUGUUUGUUACAUGUUUGUUACAUGUUUGUUACAUGUUUGUUACAUGCUUGUUACAUGUUUGUUACAUGCUUGUUACAUGUUUGUUACAUGCUUGUUACAUGCUUGUUACAUGUUUGUUACAUGCUUGUUACAUGCUUGUUACAUGUUUGUUACAUGUUUGUUACAUGCUUGUUACAUGCUUGUUACAUGCUUGUUACAUGUUUGUUACAUGCUUGUUACAUGCUUGUUACAUGUUUGUUAAUCUACAUGUUGUUACAUGAUACAUAUUACAACACGUGUUACAUAUUGUAUCUAACAGUGUUUGUUAUUGUUCCAAUGCUUUGCUCUUCUACAAGGUUGACUGAAGUGAUGUUUUCCCCCAUAGGUUUGUAAUUACUUCCUGGAUGCCAUAGAGAACAACAAGUAUGGUUGGUUCUGGGUCUGUCCCGGGUGA